GGAGUGCUGAGAGCAGUCGGUGGAGACAGGGAGAGAGUGAGGAGGACUCGGAUCAAUAGUGCUGGUGGCUGCGGAUCGCUGACUUUGAUCAGAGAGAGAGAGAGGGGGAAGAGAGCGGAGUGAAAUCGACGAGGGGCCAGCUCCAUCCUGAUCAGAGACAGAAAUAAAGAGAGACAGAGUCAGAGAGGAGGCUGCGCCUUCAGUAGGACUCUACAGCAGACGAUCCGCUCUCCAUCCCCUGCCUGUGUGUGUCACACCAUGGGCAGACUCCCAGUGCUCUGCCUCUGCCUCUGCCUCCUCAGCUCCAGCCUGUGUCACAUUGGAAUGACCUACCACACAUCCCGACAGACACAAGAUCUGGCAACGUUAACAGAUCUCGAAGGAUCAGGGUCAGAUGAUGAGGAUGAAAAUGUCUACUCUGGUUCUGGAGGAUCAGGCUACUUUGAGUUUGACACUGAGCUGCGGUUUACCACCCGCAUGGCCAGGCCGGUUACCUCUCCGCCAUCCACCACAUCCUUCGGCUCGCUUCAGCCGAUUGCCUUCACCUUCCAAAGUACUUCUCUGGCGGGCGACAGCACGGCCAGUUCACCCACACCAUCCGCCUCCACUCUUACCAUGGCAGCAACCUCGACAAUGGCGCCAGUCCCCAUCACCAUGCCAGCUGCUGCCUCCACCACAACUCUCCUGGCAACGACCACAAGCGCCUCGACAACCGCCAGCGCCACCACCACCAGCACCGUCGCCAUGCCGACUGCCCGUACCAUCGCCAUUGUGCCACUCGCUACUGCAGCAGCAUCCACAGUGCAGUCAACCACAAGGAGUGCCACCAGAGUUAGUGAGGUGGCCAGACCAGCGUCGACAGCAGAUGCACACACGAGCCAAGCUUCAUUGGCAAGCUUCACAGAGAGCACUUGGAAAACCCUCUCACAUGUCCCUUACAUCACAGAGCACGCACAGAAAGAUGACUCCAGUGAAAUAGUCAAAGUGACGACUGUCAACAAUGAGGUGGAGGCUCCUGCUGCAGGAAGUCCGAGUGGAGACUUUGAAAUCACCGAGGAAGGGGAAGUGAUCAAUCCAGAGGCAAAUAAUGAAGUGUUCGCUGUCGUCACACAACCAACCAGGAGGGGCACUGGGAAGAAAGGCCUCCCCAAUGACAUAGACAAUGCAAUAGAUUCGGGGAGCUCAUCUUCAGCUGCACAGUUACCCCAGAAAAACAUACUGGAGAGGAAAGAGGUGUUAGUAGCGGUUGUUGUCGGGGGGGUAGUUGGAGCACUCUUUGCUGCCUUCCUGGUCAUGCUGCUGAUCUAUCGAAUGAAGAAAAAGGACGAGGGAAGCUACACAUUGGAAGAGCCGAAGCAGGCGAGCAUAGCUUACCAAAAACCUGACAAACAGGAGGAGUUUUAUGCAUAAACAAAUCAAGAGUGCCUCUCAUUGCCUGGACUGUCAACAGAUCGUCUCUGAAAUAAAAACAAAAAGAAUAAUGAUCCCAAAUGAUGUCGCUCUAUUAAAGUUCUGCUAAGUAGCAGAGUCAUGUUUUAAUGCUGGUAUUUUUCACGUGUGUUGUUGAAUUUCCUGUUGUUGUUCAACCUAAGCCUUCUAAAGGAGUCUGUAGUAAGGGGCUAUAAAAUGCAAAGCACAACUGCUUUUAGACAACUGCCACACUGCGUUAGAAUUUAUGUAUAGUGCAGAGCAUUGGAAAUAGUCCUCGUGGUUGAGAGGUGCUGAAGGCUCAUAUUAUUAAGAGAAAAUAGUUUUGUUAAAAGUCAAUUUUGCUCAUUUAGAAUGGUCACGUUUCGCAUCUGAUUUAAACAUUGGUGCAGUGUCAAAGGUUGUUCUGCAAAACAACCUUCGAAAUUCUGUGAGCAACAUCUUGGUACCACGUUAUCUGUUGUUUUCUGUUCUUGAAUACAUGUAAUAUAUAUAUAUCUACACACACACACACGUGGAAGUGCUUGACUGUCCUCUGAAAAUAGACAAUCAAUAUCUGAUGUCUAUAGAGUUACUGUACUGAAAUUGUAUGAAAGCUAAAUGGAAGAGUAUUAAAUUCUGAUAACAUAGCUGAGGUUUGAAGGUCACCAAACAUAUCCUUAAAUUAAUGUUGCUGAAUUUUUGAUACGUUUGUGUCAGAUUGAAUAAAAAGAAGUCUUGUUUUGGAAAACACUUUCCUACCAUUAACACCUUGUUCCCUGUGAUUCAGCCAAGGAUUGGGAGAAUUUGAUUUGAGGGAUGGAAUUAUGGUUCGCAAUCAACAAGAAAAAAGCAAAAAAUCCACCCUGCAAAAAUAUGCCUGUGUCCGGGGCACAAGCUCUGAGUGCAUCACAUUCACCAAUUAUGGUCGCAUCCAACACUUGGGAAGGAAACACUGAGAAAAGAUGUGAGCGAGUGGCGAGAAUCUUCUCUCCAUUCCUGUUAUUCUACACCCCAUCUCUGGUUGCUCUUCUCAAGUGACAGAAUUCCUUCUCUUUCUGUUUCUCUUUUCCCUCUCUCAUAUUCCUUUCUUUUUCCUCUCUUUCUCUUCUCACCUCUUUCAUUCUCCACCAUAAAAAAGUGAGGGAACAGUAUCAUUAAAUACAACUCUUCCACUCUACGUACCUUGACAAUUUCCAGUGCCAAAAUGUUAAUAGACUCUUUGUUCCUGCUGUAAACUUUGGGAUUGCCUCAUCUCACAAAUAAUGACCUUGUAUGUAUCCUACUCACAAAGAGGAAGCAGUGUUGAAGAAUCCAACACUAUUGAAUUAAUAGGGAGUUGUACACACAGGACUUGGGGAACUGCAGGAACAAUUGAUGCAUCUAUGAGAAAAUUGGGUUGGAUAAUGUGACAAACCCUACUGAGAGUUCAUGUUAAUCUUUUGCCAUCUGAAUGUAUCUUUGUUUCUUGAAGUCUGUCUGAUAUCAGAGACAGAAACAACUAAAAGGUCAAAGUUCACUUGCCACAAUAAUGACUUGUGAAAUGUGGCAUGGUUGGUAAGGUUUAUUCAGUGAAAUUUGGUGUUGAAUUGACAAACUGUCCAGGGAGGUAGGAUGCAGAUAGAGAAACCUAAUGUGGUCAAUACACUGAUAAAGUGUUACACCUGGAGCAUUGAGAUUGUCCCCAGGAUUCAUCUGAUUUUUUGGAUCAAAGGAGAGGUGGAAAGUAACAUUUCAAUGUCAGAAAUGUGAAAUGAAAACAAAAGUCAAAUGCGCAGUUUGACCGUCAGCAUCUGGAAUGAGCAAAGUGAAGACACCAUUUUGGUUCAAGAUUUCAGCCGGUUUUUGAAAAUUCAAUCAGCCUUUGGCAUGCACAAUAUUGACUGAGCUGCUUCUGUUUGGUUUUAAGAUCCAGUGUUAAUGGUUUCUCCUUUUAUCCCCGGAGAGUCUCUGAAGAUGUAUCUUUAAUUCUCAGAAGAGCCAAACAAUCACUGACGCUGUCGCCUCCCAUGUUACAAUCUUUCUUGACGACAUCGUUGCCGGAAUUAACGUUUGGUUGAAUCUAUGGUGGUCCUGCCUGCCUACACCAAGAUCAGGACAAUAUGAACAUAAUGCUCAAGGUUCUCCUUUGAGUUUAACGUAUAGACCAUUCUGACUUUUAAUUUGGCUUCAAUAGUGUGAACACUGGUAUCAACCAAGUGGUAGUUACAAGUGCGAAAGAAAAACACUUUAAUACACUUUCUGUCAGCUUUUCCAUUAUAAAUCUUGUGUUCCAAAUUUGUAAUGUAAACUUAUUGGAUUGUAAUUAUGUUUUUCACCAGUAGAAGCACAACAGUGCCAUCACUGGUGGGAUUGUGUAAUCAAAACAGAGUAAAGAUUACAGUGACCCUUUCCAUAA